UCUGGACUUUUCCGUUAGGCAUCCCUGCAAACACACACAGUAGCCCCUUUUCCCCCUUCCUUGUGGAUCCAUUUCUAGGGUUUCGAGUUCCAAAAGCUCCCGCAUACAAUCCGUACAAUUACCGAAUCUCUUCGCAAUCGAGGUCGCUAAUCAACAACAUGAAGCUCACCGUAAAGACUCUCAAAGGGAGCCACUUCGAAAUUAGGGUUCAACCUUCAAACACUAUUAUGGCGGUUAAGAAAAACAUUGAAGAUGUACAAGGAAAAGAUAAUUACCCAUGUGGGCAACAGUUAUUGAUUCAUAAUGGUAAGGUCUUAAAAGACGAAACUACAUUGGCUGAUAACAAAAUCUCUGAGGAAGGUUUUCUUGUUGUCAUGCUUAGCAAGAGUAAGAGUUCGGGCUCAGGUGGAGCUUCAUCCACUCAGCCUUCAUCAACAACUGCUCCAGCUUCUAAUACUACCAGCACACCUGAUGCUUCUUCACAACAGCAGGCUUCUAAAACCAGCACAUCUUCUUCUGGCCCAACAACGACAAGUGUACCUGCAACUGUAACUGCACCUGUUAAUACUGAUACAUAUGGUCAAGCUGCUUCAAAUGUAGUUGAAAAUAGUAGCAUUGAGCAGACCAUUCAACACAUAAUGGAUAUAGGUGGUGGCAGUUGGGACAAAGAAACCGUUACUCGUGCCCUUCGAGCUGCUUACAACAAUCCAGAGCGAGCAAUCGACUACUUGUAUUCUGGUAUUCCCGAUACGGUAGAAGUUGCGGUUCCGGUGACUCAGCUCCCUGCAACUCAACCUAUUACUUCAAGUGCCGCACCUUUAUCUGGAGGACCUAAUGCUUCUCCGUUAAACUUGUUUCCUCAGGAAAUACCAUCAGGUGCUGCCGGAGGCAAUCUUGGAUCCCUUGAUUUUCUUAGAAACAACCAGCAGUUCCAAGCAUUGCGGUCUAUGGUACAAUCAAAUCCGCAAAUACUACAGCCUAUGCUUCAAGAGCUAGGAAAGCAAAACCCGCAACUUUUAGGACUAAUUCAGGAAAACCAUGCUGAGUUUCUUCAACUAAUCAAUGAACCUGUUGAUGCUUCUGAAGGGGAUCUCUUUGAUCAAGCAGAAGCAGACCAGGAGAUGCCUCAUGCGAUCAGUGUUACUCCAGCAGAACAGGAAGCCAUUGAACGGCUUGAGGCAAUGGGUUUCGAUAGAACUCUUGUUAUUGAGGCCUUUUUAGCCUGUGAUCGUAAUGAAGAACUGGCAGCUAAUUACUUACUGGAGAAUGCUGGUGAUUAUGAAGACUAAACGGAAGACAUCUGUGACUCUUGAAAGGUGAUUUUGACAGUUGGAGGUUUUGUGAAAACCGCAGAGAGCCGGUUUUAGGUUGGUGAUUAAUACAGGUUGGACUUUUAUUGUAUUGUCCAUGGAACUGAAGCUUUUUUAAACUUUUUUUUUUUCGUGCACUUUUUAUUUAUUUAUUUUACACCUGUGCGGAAUGUGAAGAAUUGAAGAGGAUUUUGUUUGUGCACUUGAGAAGACUUGUGUUCAUGUCUGACCAGUUUGAUACCCGCUAAUGUGUCUAUUUCGAUUUUUUUAACCCCAAGUGGUCCAUGUUGGUUUUGUUGACAGUAAAAUCAAUGUUUGUGAAUUA